AUACGGAAGCAUGCUGUAUACAAACACUGAUCUGACUGGCGAAAAGUGCACGAGCUUUACGCAAUGAUGUGGAUACUGGUGCUCGUGUUCAUCGGUGUUCUUUCUCUUGUCCUUUUUCUCUACACAAGGCGCACGAGGCAAAAUAACGAGCCUCCCCUGGAUAAAGGCACAGUUCCUUGGCUUGGUCAUGCCCUUGAGUUUGGAAAAGAUGCUGCCAAGUUCUUAACAAAGAUGAAAGAUAAGCAUGGAGACAUUUUUACAGUAUGUGUGGCUGGUCACUAUGUGACUGUCAUACUGGAUUCCAAUUGCUAUGAUGCUGUGCUUGCAGACACCAAAUCUUUUGAUCUGACUCGUUACAGCCAGCUUUUAAUGGACAGAAUCUUCAACCUUCAGUUCCCUAAUUAUGACCCAGUAUCUGAGAGAAACAAAGUAAAACAAUACUUUAAGAGCCCCAAUCUGUCUCAACUAUGCACCACAAUGCAGAACAAUCUCCAAUUCCUCAUGGAUUCAGCAAAUACACAGACCUCAACAGAAUGGAAAAAGGACACCCUGUUUGACUUCUGUUAUAGCUUGCUCUUCAAGGCUGGAUAUCACACCCUGUUUAGUACAGAGAAUGAUAACAGUGCUAAAUUCACUGAGGUUUAUGAGGAGUUUCGACGGUUUGACAAGAUUUUACCAAAAAUGGCAAGGUGUUCUGCACUUAGAGAUGAGUUGAAAUUUGCCAGCUCAGCACGGAAGCGACUGUGGGAACUGUUGUCUCCAAACUGUAUUUCCACUGAAUCAGUGGCCCAGUCUUGGAUGCAGACCUAUGUUCAGCACCUAAAAGAGCAAGGCUUGGACACAGAGACCCAGCGGCGAGCCAUGCUUCUGCAGCUGUGGGUUACACAGGGUAAUGCUGGCCCUGCAACAUUCUGGUUGCUGGGCUUCUUGCUUACACACCCAGAAGCUCUGAAAGCAGUGAAAAAGGAGUUGUGCAGCCUACAGCACCUACCCUUGGACAAGAGAGAGGAAACGCCGGUGUUAAACAGUGUUCUGAAAGAGACGCUGCGCCUCAGAGCGGCUGCUCUCAUCACCAGAGAUGUGAUGCAGGAUAAAAGGAUUAAAUUAAGCAACAGCCAAGAAUUUGUUCUACGGCAGGGAGAUCGCCUCUGUAUCUUCCCUUUCCUCAGUCCACAGAUGGAUCCUCAGAUUCAUCAUGAGCCAGAGAAAUUUAAGUUUGACCGCUUUCUAAACGCUGAUGGAACUGAAAAGAGCAUGUUCUGUAAGGAUGGGAUGCGAAUGAAAUAUGCUACCAUGCCAUGGGGAGCAGGAAGCAAUUUAUGUCCAGGGCGUGAGUUUGCUAUUUACACUUUAAAACGGGUUGUGCUCAUGAUUCUGACACAGUUUGACUUGGAGCUGUGUGAUUGUAAUGCAAGCAUGCCACCAGUGGACCCCAAUCGUUACGGGUUCGGAAUGCUUCAACCAGCUGGGGAUUUGAAAAUCCGCUAUAAGAAAAAAAUAAAUACAAAUUUAAUUACAUAAUGUAAAACUACAGUCAAAACAGUUAUUGCUACUGCUAUUAUUUGUUCUUGCUUUUUUUAAACAGGUCAUUCAUUCUCUCAUUUGUAAUGUACAUUUUAAGAUCCUGUAACGAUGACAGUGCUCUGUGAUUUUACUUUUGAAAAAUAAAUAAAUAAAUGAGUCAUCUUCUAA